AUGACGCAGCUUUUCGCCUCCAGUCCGUCCGCAGUGACAAAUAAUGAGAAGCGCGGGAAUUUCCCCGCUCUCUCCCUUCCCACGCGAAAACACUCCAACGAGUCUAGCCAUCUGCCUACGAGAAUCAAGAACUUUUUCCGUAUCAACAGUUCCAGCCACUCCCCAAAUCCCAACGCCUCUGGAAGUACCGAACGCGAACGGGAUAACCAUGGCGCAGCCAAGAACGAGAAGUCUGCUUUCCGGCAGUCUCGAUUCCUGCCAGGUAUAGGCCGCAAUCGAUCAACAACCGUUGCUAGUGAAGGCAACCCACUCGACGAUGCCAUGUCGCCUACCGCAUCCGCCAACCCAUACUUUGCCCACCAGGGCCAGCCAGCAUUGCGACACCGCAAUGAUGGGUCAGCGACCACGGCAAACAAAGAGGAACUAGCGCGCAAGUUACGACGUGUGGCUUCUGCUCCGAAUGCCCAAGGCCUAUUCACAAGUGGUCAGGGCGACCGCCCUCAGACAGCGGAACUGGGCAAGGAGCCCCUGAUGGAACAGUCGGGCGGAUCAAUGAGCCUGGCCGAUCUAGGCAGCGAGGAGCCCAAUCUGGCGAUACCUUCAUCACUCAGCUCAGAUUUCGGUAGUAACGCUUCGUUCCGCCGCACCUAUAGUUCGAACUCCAUCAAAGUUCGGAAUGUAGAGGUUGGCCCCGCUAGCUUUGACAAGAUCAAGCUGAUCGGGAAGGGUGAUGUUGGCAAAGUUUAUCUGGUGCGCGAAAAGAAAUCGAGUCGUCUAUAUGCCAUGAAGGUUUUGAGCAAGAAGGAGAUGAUCAAACGGAAUAAGAUUAAACGAGCUUUGGCCGAACAAGAAAUCCUGGCUACGAGCAACCACCCGUUCAUUGUCACUUUAUAUCACUCCUUCCAAUCAGAAGAUUAUUUGUAUCUCUGCAUGGAGUACUGCAGUGGUGGCGAGUUUUUCAGGACCCUGCAAACCCGCCCCGGUAAGAGUAUCUCCGAGGAUGCAGCUCGCUUUUAUGCCGCAGAGGUUAUUGCUGCGCUGGAAUAUCUCCAUCUCAUGGGCUUUAUCUACCGUGACUUGAAACCAGAAAAUAUCCUGCUUCACCAGUCUGGUCAUAUCAUGCUUUCUGAUUUCGAUCUGUCGAAGCAAUCUGGACCCGGGGGUGCCCCGACGAUGAUUCCCGCACGCAGUGGUGGAAACUCCACCACAGGUUUGCCUACUAUUGAUACCAAGUCAUGCAUUGCUGAUUUCCGAACGAAUUCUUUUGUGGGGACGGAAGAGUAUAUUGCACCUGAGGUGAUCAAGGGUUGCGGUCACACCAGCGCCGUUGAUUGGUGGACCCUGGGCAUUUUGAUUUAUGAAAUGCUGUACGGCACUACUCCAUUCAAAGGAAAGAACCGAAACGCGACGUUUGCCAGCAUUUUGCGAGACGAGGUCAACUUCCCAGAGCACUCUGGUGCGCAGCAGACAUCGAAUCUGUGCAAGUCCCUGAUCCGCAAACUGCUGAUCAAGGAUGAAACUAAGCGCCUAGGAGCCCGCGCUGGUGCUUCCGAUGUCAAGACUCACCCCUUCUUCCGGCAGACCCAAUGGGCGCUCAUUCGCCACAUGAAGCCGCCUAUGAUUCCUCACCAGGGUCGUGCCGGCACGGAUACAGUGAACUUCCGUAACGUCAAGGAGAGCGCUAGCGUAGAUAUUGGCGGCACCGAUUCUACCAAGAUGAAGGGUGUCCCAAUGGAUUCGGGCCUCGCGACUCCGAACGGCGAACUCAAUGAUCCCUUUGAGGAGUUUAACAGUGUCACGCUUCAUCAUGAGGGUGAUAUGUAA